UGAUGGGCUUUAGUUAUUUGGAAGCCGAAAAGGCAGCGGUUUGUGAUCGCGGGAGCGAACGGAUUGCCCUGCUGCGGGUGUAAUGUUCCCUGUGCGUGCCCCCGACGUGCGCCAUUCCGGCUGAAGCGGCGGUGUUGUUAUCGAGACCGGCGAAAACUUGGGGCGUCAGUGAAAGCGGACCGCUUAGAGCAAACCUCUGAGACGGCGGCUCGCGGACAAUGAAGGCGUUAUUCUCCAACUGAAAAGCGUUCCGAAUUUUAAAAAUUAAAUAUAUAUCUAUUUCCCUUGGAAGAUUAUUUUUUUAAAGAACACAAUAAAAGCCGCUCGAGCUGGUAAGAGUUUACGGGGAAGAAAAUUAAGUUUCCAUCUCAAGUUGCUGUGAUCCAAGAGGAGUUUUUGCCUUCAAGGGAAAGAGUCCAGUCAGCUACUGUCGUCUUCACAUAGAUGUCACCGAGAAUCAUGCUGUCUUCUCUCGUCCAAACCGUUGCAAAGGAAAUUGCGUUUCUCACUCUUUAACUUUAAUUCAGAAUGCCAUUAGUGAAAAGGAACAUAGAGCCCAGAUAUUUGUGCCAUACAGUACUGCCAGGAAGUAUCCGGAAUGAACUGGAAUGCGUGACAAACAUUUCUUUAGCAAAUGUAAUCCGACAGCUGAGCAGCCUUAGUAAAUAUGCAGAAGAUAUAUUUGGGGAACUCUUCAAUGAAGCUCAUAGUUUCUCCUUCAGGGUUAACUCUCUACAGGAACGUGUUGACCGUCUUUCUGUUAGUGUGACACAACUGGAUCCAAAAGAGGAAGAACUCUCACUUCAAGAUAUAACUAUGAGGAAAGCCUUUCGAAGCUCCACAGUUCAGGAUCAGCAACUGUUUGACCGCAAAUCAUUGCCCAUUCCAUUGCUGGAAACAUAUAGCACGUGUGAGAAACCCCCACCUCUUAACAUCCUUUCUGCAUACAGAGACGAUGGUAAAGAUGGCUUAAAAUUCUACACAAAUCCAUCAUAUUUCUUUGAUUUGUGGAAAGAGAAAAUGCUUCAGGACACUGAAGAUAAGAGGAAAGAACGGAAGCAAAAGCAGAAACCAAUAGAUCGUCCUCGAGAACCAGACAAAAUGCCUAGAGCACCUCAGGACAGGCGAAAGGUAUGGGAGAAACAGGCACCAGGUCUAGAGCUUGCAGUUGAUGGAGACUUUCCACAGAAGCACAGAGAUAAUAUCAAUGGACCACCAGUGUACCCUGAACCAAGGAUGGAAACAUGUGUUGAUCAUCCAGAUGACCACCUUGACCAUCUUGUACAGUCCACAGUACCUUUUAGACAUAUUAGCGAACAUACCAGUGGAAUGAGUGACAAACUCUUUGUUUCAAGACCACAUGAGCCACCCCCACCUCCUCCAGUACAGACAGCAGUUGACGUGAAGCCAGUGCUACCAGCUUUUAGUUCCAACUCUGAUUUAAUGGAUCAUCGACUUAGGUCGCCAGCAACAAGCAAGGCGUCAGUUUUUGUGAGCCCUGCUGUUCCACCUCCACCUCCCCCAUUACCACCACCACCACCACCUCUUCCUGUUACUGUGUCAGGAGCAUCAGUCAAAGCUCCCAUCAACUCGACACCUCCACUUGCCCCUCCGCUGCCACAGCCAAUGGUAUCUGUGCCACCAGCGACGCCUCUUCAGAUUGCCCCUGGAGUACUCCAUCCUGCUGCUCCUCCCGUAGCUCCUCCAUUAAUAAAACCAUCCCUUCCCGUUUCUGUCACAGCACCUGGGGUUGAUAUGACAACCUUUCCAACUCAGACAAGUGAAGGACAGGGGCUUCCUCCACCACCGCCACCACCUCCUCCACCACCACCACCUCCCCCAUCUGGACCACGAUCCUUUUCUCCACUUGGAGGACCUGUCCCACCACCACCUGGACCCCCUCCUCCACCAUCCUUUGGAUCUAGACCUCCUGUGCCCUUGGUCCCACCAUCAUCUCCUUCCCAAGCACAUCCAGGAUCUGAAGCCAAACGGCAUCCAUCUUCUCUGCCAGUGAUCAGUGAUGCUAGGAGUGUUUUGCUUGAAGCAAUACGCAAGGGCAUUCAACUUCGCAAGGUAGAAGAACAACGUGAACAGGAGGCAAAACAUGAACAAGUUGGAAAUGAUGUGGCAACCAUUCUGUCCCGACGUAUUGCAGUGGAGUACAGUGACUCUGAGGAUGAUUCUGAAUUUGAUGAAGUGGACUGGCUGGAAUAAUGUGACUGACUAACUUGUACAGUGUGGAGUUUGGUAUUGGCAUUCAUUGUGGCACUCCAUGGGAAUGUAUCCACAUUUCAUAGUUGGGGGAUGUUUUUGUAUUUGUAACACUAUAACAUUAACUAGGUCACUUGAUAGCAGUUUCCUGAGAUGGAGCAUCAUGCAUAAUUUUUGGUUCAUUUCACCUUGCAUCAUUUUUUAAAUACGAGCUAGGUGUUUUUGUCUAGGUUACAGUCCUGUGGAGAGAUUUGUUUUGUAUGUUUAUAGAACAAAAACAAACCGCGAAGUAUUAAAAAUGGGACACUGUACAAUCCUGCAGACCCUAUUUUGAAAAUCUUGUGCUUUGUCUGAGUGCACUGGACUUUGAGAGAAGAAAUUUGUACCCAAAGUUGAAGGGCAGCUCUGAUUUAUCCUAUAAAGCACAUUAGAAAUGCUAUUUGUAAGCUAGGUCUUGCACUAUAGUUGUUUCAGAUGUGAAGAGACAACAUACCCUUUUAGAAAACAUUGCCUAAGUUAAUACUGUUUAAACAAACCAUAUGCACUAAUAUUCCAUCCUGAGUAAAUGGACUGCCUGUAAUAAAUAGAAGUCAUUGAUACAUUGUGGUGACUUGCCUUAUUCCAAUAUUAAUAAUUUAAAUAAGACUUCUUUUUGGUUGAAUGUACUAUUUUGCCUGCACAUUAAGUGUUCAUCUGUGAAAACUACUGAUUAGAAGACACUGCAUUACCUAUUUAACUGCAAGUGAUACAAAAAUAACAGUUUUCCUGGCAUUAACUGUACUUAAUAAAUCAAAAUCUGUUUGAAA